UUCCUUGUUUUGACCUGUUUGUGUCAGUGGAGUUAGUGAGUUAGUUCAGUGGAGGUAUUUACACUACUGAAAGUAUUAUUUCUCACUCUGUGUAGUGCACUCGUACAUGAAGGAAGGAGCUGCUUGGUAUUCGACGCAGUGAAACUCUGCUAAUAAUUCAUUUCUCGUGUCAGAAUGAAGUCUCCAUGGACCCUGCUCUUUCUCGGCCCGCUGCUGUGCGCUCCUUCAGCUUGGGCUGUUUUGAAGCCUAAUUUCGUCCUAAUGAUGGUGGAUGAUCUGGGAAUAGGAGACCUUGGAUGCUAUGGAAACACAACUCUGAAGACCCCUCACAUCGACAGGCUGGCGGAGGAUGGAGUGAAGCUGACCCAGCACAUCGCCGCCUCUCCUCUGUGUACACCCAGCAGAGCUGCCUUCCUCACCGGCAGAUACCCCAUACGAUCAGGAAUGGCCAGUCAUGGUCGUGUUGGGGUGUAUAUAAUCUCUGCAGUAUCUGGAGGCCUUCCUAAGGAGGAGAUCACAUUCGCCAAGAUACUAAAAGAGCAAGGCUAUGCAACAGCUCUGAUUGGAAAAUGGCACUUGGGCCUGAACUGUGAGCACAACACUGAUCACUGUCACCAUCCCAGCGCUCACGGCUUCGAGCACUUCUAUGGCAUCCCCAUGACCAACCUGCGCGACUGUCAGCCAGGCCACGGCUCCGUCUUCUACCAAGUCCGAAAACACAUUCCCUACAAAGCUCUGGGCACCGUCGUCGCCACCCUGCUCCUCCUCCAUGCUAAAGGACUGGUUCUAAUAUCCCGCAAGCUCGCACUGUUCCUGGGGGCAACGCUGUUUAUGACAAUAGCCCUGUUUUUCCUGUGGGUGGUCACGUUCCCCUACUUCAACUGCUUCUUAAUGAGAGGAUACGAGGUGGUGGAACAGCCAUACGUGUCCGAGAAUCUCACACAGAAGAUGACCAAAGAGGCCAUCGAAUUCCUGGAGAGGAAUUCUGCGAGACCGUUCCUGCUCUUCUUCUCCUUCAUCCAAGUUCACACAGCUCUGUUCGCUUCUCCUCACUUCCGCGGUAAAAGCCAGCAUGGCCUGUACGGAGAUGCAGUCAUGGAGGUGGACUGGAGUGUAGGUCAGAUAAUGAAAACUCUGGAGCGGCUAAAGCUGAAGGAUAACACGCUGGUUUAUUUGACCUCAGAUCAAGGCCCGCACUUAGAGGAAAUAUCCAUCCAUGGCGAGGUUCACAGAGGUUACAGCGGCAUAUAUAAAGGAGGGAAAUCAACCAAUUGGGAAGGAGGGAUUCGCGUGCCAGGGAUCCUUCAUUGGCCGGGAAAGCUACCUGGUGGAAAGGUUAUUGAUGAGGUCACAAGUAACAUGGACCUCUUCCCUAGCGUGGUGAAAUUAGCCGGAGCUAGCAUACCCAGUGAUAGGGAGAUAGAUGGACGUGACCUCAUGCCAUUACUGCAGGGUCGAGUGCAGCGUUCAGAACAUGAAUUUCUGUUCCAUUACUGCAAUGCCUUUCUGAAUGCUGUGAGGUGGCACCCCGCUAACAGUACCUCAAUAUGGAAAGCCUUUUUCUUCACUCCUAAUUUCUACCCUGAAAACUCUACCACCUGUUUCCACACGCACGCUUGCUUCUGCACUGAGGCCUACGUGACCCGUCACGACCCUCCGCUGCUCUAUGAUCUGUCAAGGGACCCGUCUGAAAUGAACCCACUCACCCCGGAUACAGAGCCCAACUUCAGCUCCGUGCUGGAGGUGAUACUGGAGGUGGAGAGGGUGCACACACAAGGUGUUAAAGCUAACGAGGACCAGCUCUCAGCCACACACAUGCUCUGGAAGCCCUGGCUCCAGCCAUGCUGCUCCUCCCUCCACCAGCUGUGCAUGUGCCAAAGAGACUGGCAGAGUGGGAUUGUGGGAAAUGCAGCAGAGGGCGAGGGCGAGUAAAAGAAAUGAGUCAAUAGGUGUGUAAUGACACCUGCCUUGCAUGUAGAGUGGACACAAAGGGAAUGAGGGUGCAGUGAGGUGCAGAGUGUUUACACAUUACUGAUUAAAAAUCUCUCCAAUUACUUUUUGUUUAAUUUUUAAUAUGACCAGAUUUAAAAAAAAAAUUGUCAACAAACUACAACACAGGGUUUAGCAAGUGAAGGCCCCACCAUUCUUUGCAUAAUUAGUUAUUACCUACUAAUUAAGAUAUUAGCAGAUGCCCACCUCUAGUCUCAACCAUAUACCCCAUGACCCUUUCUGGCAAGCUUUCUAAAAACAAACAGCAUAAAAAAACGAAUAGUGUACCUCUUCUUUGCAUCUGUAUUUGUAUCCAUUUAGAACACAUUAUCUGUUCAUUUCAAAUGAUGGAUUCAUAUUUUGUUACAUCCAUAAUUGGGAGUCAGGAUGUAUCAUGUGGGAGGUUUUUUUUUUCAACAGGUCUGCUCCAGUUGGUGUGGACAUAUCUGCAUCCUGCAACUCCUGGGCUGAAAAUGAGUCCCACUGCAGCCCUCCACGGCUGUCAUAUGUAGAUGGAAAAGAUGGCUGUGUAUAUACCCAGUAAUAGAAAAGCAUGACUUGAUUCAGUGUAAGUUAACUGUGAAAUGAAUUGAACAAAUGUGGAUGGUUUUACACUUUUGCAAAGAAACAAUGCAGCAAAUCCUAUCUCUUGAUUAAACAAAUCGCUUGAAGAAAAUGCAGUCAGUCUGGAUGAUGUAGUGCCCCAGAAAUCCAGGACUGUAAAGCUAAAACAUAUCCCAGGCUUAAUCCCAUUCCUAGGACAUGUAGAACCUUAAAAAGAACCCUGAGUUCUGCACCUAUGAUUUGCAAAAUCCUGACGAUGCAACAAUAUGACGAUACUUGAAGAAAAAUGAUGUGUGAAACGCUCCACCUCCUGCAGUGUCACAGUCUCACCUAAUGAUAAAGUACCCUAGAAACCUUGGAAUGCAACGCUAAAUAUCACACACUUGAGCCCAUGGCUAGGAUUUAAUCCCAUAAUCCCACGGCUGGACCAUAUGGAGGACCCUGAGUUCACAUGCUAAUAUUGAAAUCCCUUGGCACGUUGGCAAGUGUUGGAACUUGCAUUCCAGCCUGAUCUACUGUACUGCUUCAGUCUCAGUGGAUGAAAGAGGAUGUGAAAGAGAGGGAAUCUUGCUCUUCUUUUGAGUUUGGAUGAUUUAUGAAAGGCCUUUGGAAGCUUCAUUGAGUUCUUUGAGGUGCACACAGGUGCAAAAGAUGCAAGCUUUUCCAUCACAGUAUGCUCAUACGCCGGGUUUUCGCAAUAUGGUGCUUAAUGGAGGUAUUAAAUCCAGUCUCUGCCAUGUCUUUUCACAACAAACACCUCACUUGUCUGUUUUUUUUAAUCUUUAUUGUCAGUUUUUAUGGGUCAUACCCUGAAUUCAUGCUGUGCGUGUUGUGUCAAGCAUUCUGUAAAGACUUCAAUCAGUCCACACCAGUCGCAUCUGUGCUACUUGCAGGAGAAAGAACAAGGCACUUUGAUUUGAACCUGUUUGGGCAACUCUAGCAUUCAGUUAUCAGUUAAGAAUAGGUGAAUUGACAUUUCUGGUGAUUAUGUUCUUUGUACUGAGAGAUAUUAACUGUUUAAUGUUAUGUAACUGCUUACUGUUUUGUUAUACCACAGCACUGUUGAAUUUACUGAGUUUGUAUUAAUGCACUAAAGUAACAACUUGCACAGGGAUUUGUACUUUUUAAAAAAAUUAGUUGUUAUUUAACAAAGACAAAAUGUCUAAUCAUUGCUAUAAUGAGGUUUUCUAUAAGGAGAUUUCUAUAAGGAGGCUGGAAGGAGUCUCCAGUGUCAGUGCUUUAUAAUACCCUGCCAUGGGAAAGUCUUCAGGACAGAGGACUUUGCGCUUUGUGCUUGUUCUGUAACAUGACAUGCUGUCGUUUUAAGCCUUACUAAUUUCAAGAGAGAGAGAAAAGAGAGACUGAUGAGGGAGUGACUGUAGCUGCUGUAAUGUUGGUGUUUGUGUAACAUGAGUAUCAUAUCGUGCAGACACUUUGAUGGGCAACUACAGGUUGCACAAUCAUGACAUCUAUGUAGAUUAUGAUUUUGAAUUAAACUCAGUGAUUUAUACUUCA